UAGAAUAUCCGAAAAAAACACACAAAUUCUAUUUAAUGAUAGCAAAACAAUUACGUAUCCAAAGUUCCAAAUUGAACAUUCGAAAGGUCCACUAAUGGAAAAUAUAUCUGGCGAUAGAUGGCAACAAUUUGAAAAAAUUGUGUUUGAAAAGUUCUUAUUAUCAAUACAAGAUGCUGAUAAUUGCUGUUCACUUAUUGACAAAAGUGUGGUCAUUAUUAGAAACAUUAUAGUAAGUAGUAAAGGUAAAUGUAUUAAAUUAAUUGGUAACAAAUUUUUAACCUACGAGGACUUUUAUACGUCUCCCUGUAAGUCUUCAAAACUUAAUAUUUAUUUGGCAAGUUAUUUAGAAAAUGAAUUGAAAUCAUGGGAUAUAAAUGAAAUUGCCUAUAAAUGCAUGAAGUUGUCUUAUAAGACCAAAUUUGUAAUUUUACCAUUAAUCCACACAAACUAAGAUUUAUACAAAUUUUUUAGCUUUUUAAGGUGGGCGUACACUGCAAACGAAAUAUAUAAAUCAGCUACUUAUCGACCUACUUCCAUACUUUUAAGGCAUUCCAGGUCAUCUAUGCUAAACUGGACGAAGAUUGAAAUCAUAGUUUCAUUUAAUUCAUUUCAGCCCAUGUUAGAUUUAAAAGGCUUUUUCAGUUCAUAUACUAAACUACCUAAACGAAAACUGCCUCCAGAGUUGCUCAAACUUAGUUUAAUUGUCCUUAGCUGAUUUUAAUUUCGUUUAUUUCGCAAUGCCCGCGCCCCUUUAAUAUUUUCUUAUGUUUAUAUAUGUAUAAGAGUUGUAUAGCACACACAUUUAUUAAAAGUUUAUGGGACGAAAUUUUCACACAUGUAUCUACGUAUAACAUCGGUCUAUUAUAAGGUGUUUCUGUUCUUGUUUUGCCCUUUUGUUGUUUUUUUAGUUCCUAUGGCGUCUCCAAAUAAUACAUGGACUGUGGUGUGUUUCACCAAUGAUGAAACGGUGGAGGCAGUUCCGACAAAAUGGUUAAGUGGAGAUCAGUGCUUAUGGCCAGUGGUAACUAGAGACAAAUUAAAUACCUACAUAAGAAAAUGUGAAUUUAAUUCAUGUUGGCCAUCACACACUGUGAGAACAUUUCGGAAUGCAACAUAUGAUAAUUACUCUGUUGCGAGGAGCAAAGCUAAUAAAGCUGAAAAUACAAGUGACCUGAACACAGAUUGUGAUGAUGGUCCUUUAUCAGGAAAAAGGAAAAGAAAGAAAAAAGUGAUCUCUUCAUCUUCAGACGACUCAUCAGACACUGAAUCUAUGAAUGAGAAGCGGGCCAAUAAAGGUAAAAUGCCUUCUCCACCAGCAUGGACUGAUGAUGAACAUCGGACUCACAAAGAUUCACAUCAGUUAGCUGAACCAGAAGCAUGCAUAGAUGAACUUGAGGAACAGGUGGUUGUGGUACCACCUGUUAUUGAAUCAUUACCUUCAACCUCGAUUGCCCCUAGCCAACAAGAAAAUGAAAUUAACAAUAUCACACCACGAAAGCCUAUAGACUCCAUUAAGGAAAAUAUAAGAAGGGCAGACCGAACAAAAUGUUGUUGCAAUCCAGCUUUACUAUACAACAUUCAGGCAUUACUUAUCGAAAUCAAUAACAAGCUGAACAGUGUACCUAGGAAAGCUGAGGAAAAUGAAGAAAAUAUCAUUCGGAAAUCCGGAAUUAGUUUUCCUAUGGAAACUAUUCAGGAAUUCGACAAAUUUGAGAAAUUCUUUUCGGCAAGAGAAAAUUAUUUAGCUUUGGUUGGAUUUUUCUCAUCUAUUGGAGGAGCUAAUUUAUAUGAAUUUGUACGUAGAUGCCUUGCUCCUCUACUAUGGGAUGGAUUAUCGGAACAGUUUUCCUUCUUUGGAAAAAAAGGAAAUCUUUCCUUUGGGGAUAAAAAUUUGGCAAAAAUAAUAAUAGAAGCCGCUGAAAAAGGUGGACAUGCAAAAAAUAAAAAGGAAGUUGAGCAGAAACUGGGGGAUUGGCUGCGAAGAUCUAAGGAACGACGCAUUCGGGCAGAACAUAAACGUGCAACAAAAAAAUAAGAAUUUAGGUGCUAUUGGAAACUUGAGUAUCCCAAACACCAUUAUAGAAUAUUAAGGCAGAGGGCAAUUUGUUGUUUAAGAGAAUAUUUUGUUUUUUACAUGUUUUCUGUAAAUACUUUGUAUCAAACUCC